AGACAAGAAAAAUUAUCAACUGGCAACCCAUGUCCAAUCUGCAGGGAUGAAUACUUGAUUCUUGAUUGCAGAAAUGUUGUACUACUAAGGCAAUUCAUUUCACCAUUUAAUGGAGCCAUCCUGCCAACUGAAAAAACUGGCUUAUGUCAACAUAAACAUAGAGAAUUGGUUGUAGCAAUUAUGAAAGCUAAAGAUUAUGGUUUAAUUAAAUUUGAUGUUCCAAGUCGUGAAUACGAAUAUUCUGAUUACCAAAAGUCAUAAUUGAAGUUUAAUACAGAAGU